AUGAUCCAGCCCAAUACCACACCCAGUACUAUGUACCAGGACUUCACAGCCCGCCGGCCUCUGGAAAUUGAGACUUUCCUCGGCGCUCCCAUCAAGCUCGCCCAAGACGUGGGUGUUUCAGUUCCUCGCAUCGAAACGCUAUACGCUCUUCUUCACAACGCCAACACAUUGAACCAAUCCCGCCCACCUCCUGCAGCUGCAGUCUCACCGCAAAACCCUGCACAAACCCCUCGUAUGGGCCCCGGUCCAAACAUGGGUCCCGGCCCUAAUCAACGUGGGCCAAUGAACGGCCCGAUGAAUGGCCAGAUGAACGGCCCCAUGCCUGGUCAUCCCGGUAGACCUGGAAUGAUGAGGCCUGGAAGCAGAGCCCCUUCGAUGACCGGUGGCCCACCCCCGCAAAUGCGCAGAGGUCCCUCGAUGAACAACGGUUUCGGUCCACCCAUGAGAAUGAACGGAAAUGGCCAACGUGGUCCUCCUCAGCAGCCAACGCGUCGCCCUUCUCUUGAAGACAACGAACUCGAGGAGUUCAGUCACCUGAUGCUUUACGACAACUUGCCAGAGGGCGCUUUGCCAGAAGGCGCGAUCCCUAACGGUGCCGGUCCUGGGGGCGAGAUGGGAAUUCGUGAAAGAGAACUGGCCCUUCGCCAGAGAGAGCUAGCUUUGAGAGAGCAGGAGUUUAAUAUGAGGCGCCGUAUGCCUCCUCCUCCUGCUUCCCAUGCUGGAGGCUUCGACGAUGACGAUGAGGAUGGUGAAGAUUUCUUCGACCCUAUGGCUUCAGGAAGAAACGUCCCUAUGAUCGACCCUGACAACUUCGACAUGAUGAGCGUCACUUCGAGACGCGCUCGUAAAGCACCCCCACCCACUGCCAACCAGCUCCGCAACAACCCUGAGAUGGGAGGUCCCCAGAUGAGAGGAGGAGGCGGCGGCGGCGGCGGCAGAGGCAUGUUCGGAAGGCCUAAGGUGCAGAACCGAACCAGUGCUAGACUGAUGUCUGAAAUCCCCGGACUGCACGAAAACCUCAUGGGCAAUCCGUUGCUAGGCUACUCGUCGGACAGAUACGGAGGUGUUGACCGUCACAACCUUGGACAAGAAUCGAGAACCAACUCACUUACUGCAGAACGCCUGAACGAGCUUUCACGAGGUGGACCUCCCGGUCAAGGUCCUUACCCUGGCCCAAUGCCCCUCAGAUGGGUCGACGUGCUAGUANNACUCCCUGGACAUCCUUUGGGUCCCCCAAGAGGGCCUCCUGGCCAACGUCCUUACCCGCCAAAUGGACAGAAUGGAUAUCCGCCCCACAUGAACGGCCGACCAUCGCCUCCUGGCGUUAUGGGUUCGCCGAUGCAACGCCCACCAACCCAGCAAGGCCAAGUGCCACAGCAUGUUGAACAGCAGAACGGGGUGAGCCAUCUCUAUCCGCCCAAAAGCGGCCCUCAAGAACGCAGUCUGACAGGUUCCGCGAGCGCUAGCGCGGGGAGUGGUGAUAGUAACCACUCGGUGCCCCUUGAUUCCGACCCUUCGGCCCACAGCAGCUCCAGCAGUCUAGGACCUCGUCCAGCUCACGGUUUCCGAUAG